AUGACGCUCCUCCAGCUGCUUCCGGAGAGGGUGCUCGGCGCUGCGGUGUCUACACAGGCGAGGCGCGUCCCCGUUCUUGUCUUGUCUUCCGCUAAAGCGCGCUCGGCGAUGGAAGAUCGCUCUCCCUCCUUGGCGUACGACGCCCACGGGAAAACUGCGGAUUUGUCCAGAGACGCGCCUGAAGACAUGCCUUCGCGAGGGAGGAAGACGAGGCGAGGCUCGCCGGGGGCGGGGAGCCUCGUGGAGGACGGCGACUUGCCUUUUCGGGCGAAUUCUAGAGGAGAAGACAGUCUGCUGAGCGCGUCUUCUGCGCGUAUCCUCUCGGGUGUUAUUCCCGUUCUGUCUCCGCCUCGCGUGCUUUCAUGCAGACGGGUUUGGAGAUUCCCGCGGAGGCCGCCGGGGGGCGAGAGCUGGAGGACCGUUUUCGCAGGUCACGGCAUGCGACAUCUCGCGGAGCUUUACGACUCUUCAGAGGCGCCUUCCGAGGAGCGGCGGGAGAAGGAAGCGAAACUCAACUGGUUUGCGCUCGGACGCGUCGUUGACCAGAACCGCGGGCGCCACCUGGCGGGCUACACCGUCCCUUACAAGUUCCGAAUCAUCGAUCCCAUCUCCGUCGCGCGAUCGGUUCCGAAGAAUCUCGGGCAACUCAACCGGCGCACGCAAACUGGCGACCAAUACGUCGACUUCUCCCAGAACCGUUUCCCUGUGUUAAACACUGCUGAGAAUUUUCGCUACUGGAAAGAUCGUGGUCUCGACCGCCUCCUCCCGCGCGUCUUUCCCAUCAAGCUUCCCGCGCACCGGCGCGUUGAUCCGCUGCUGCGAGAGUACAUUUACUUCCUCCACUCCAUGGAUCCUGCGCGAUUCUCCACUAGGAAAUUAGGCGAACGUUACGGAUUAAAGGAAAGGACAGUCGAGUUGAUUUGCCGUGAAUUUUCCGUCGCCGAGUUCCUCCGACGCACCGAACUGGCGACGCCUUACACGCGCAGAGUGUCGCGCGAGAAGGCAGUGCUGCGCACGAAGGAGGCUCUCUUCAGUCUUAAGCUUGGCUACGACCAGCUGGGGGACGAGGAUCUGGAUGAGCAGGAAGAACACGAAUUCCGAGGCUUCCGAAGCACUCAAGACUGGAUCCAGCGUCAGAACAUCGAGGUGGAGAUGAUGUCGGCGUUUCCCCUCCCUGCGAAAAGAGACCCCGUGCCCAAGCGUGUCGACGUGGACUUGACCGUCCACAACACAGCCAAGCUGAAGGUUAUGAACUGGAUCGAUCCGAAUGACAAAGUUGUGUUUUAA